GAGUUUUUGUCACAUUGCUCCAAUCCGACGAGCAGAUGUAAUCAACAACCGGAAGUUUACAAAUUAGUGGACUUGAGGCCUCCACAGUCCGGUGUAAUAAUUUCCACCAUUUAGAGCGAACGCCACCGCGAAUAAAGAAGGAAACAUGGUCUGUGAGAAGUGCGAGAAGAAGCUUGGGAGAGUCAUAACGCCUGACACCUGGAAGGAUGGAGCACGAAACACGAUUGAGAGUGGUGGUCGCAAGCGGAAUGAAAACAAGUUGCUGACUUCUAAGAAAGCCAGGUUCGACCCGUACGGCAAGGCGGGCUUCACCACAUGCAGGAUCUGCAAGAGCUCCGUCCAUCAGUCGGGGUCCCAUUACUGCCAAGGCUGCGCCUACAAGAAAGGUAUCUGCGCAAUGUGUGGAAAAAAAGUCCUGGACACCACAAACUACAAGCAGACGUCAGUGUGACGGUCAUAUGAUGAUGCUCCAUCCGGGCGUAUGUUUGUCACAUGCGGUACACUUUCACUCAUUUGUUUUAUUAUUAAGAGAGCGAAAGCAGGAUUGUAGUCUUCUGGUCUUGCUUCACGUAUUGAAUGGAUCUCCGAGAAUGAAACUCGCAUCACGUCACAGCUUUUAUUUAGUUGGACUUUUCCGCUUCUUUUGUUCCUUUCGUGAUUUGGACAUGUCUGUGAAUUUUAAACUAGAACUCUACAGUUGAAAAAUGGAUGAAUGACACCCAGUCAAAACAAUGCAAAAUAUGCGAGGUUUAACACUUCUUUCAGCUAAAAAGUAUGGCAGUUGUGUUCUAUCAUAUAGUGCCAGAGUAGACCAGUUUUGCAUGUUCAGAGUACCAUAUUUCCUCUAAUAGUGGCCCAGGUGCUUUAUUUACUCGAUUUCAGGCGAUUAUUUGUGUCUUUUGCAAUUCAUCGCACUUGCUCCACGGCCGUGAAAGCAUGCUUUUGUGUUAUUUGCAUGCUUUAUCCCCGGAAGGGUGAAGGUGGCAUAAUGGCGUCAUUGCAGAAAUUGCAUAUUUGGCCAUGACACAAUUGCAAAUAACAUUAAAAAAUCAAAACAAUUAUGUUAAGUGCUCCAAACAAACUUUCGACUGUGCCGUGCAGCAACCUGGCAGUAACGUGUAGUGUGCGCUCCAAACAAACGUUCGACUGUGCCCUGCAGCAACCUGGCAGUAAGGUGUAGUGUAAGAGAUUUGUGAUUUUCCGACUGGCAGGGAAGCUGAGUCCUGGCGGUGUGCGUGUGGACAAGACGGUUGCGUUAACUGAUGUUGUUUUGUCGCGGUUGCAGUUGACAGUAGCCUGUUUUGUGUUUUUUGCAAUAAAGAGAUUGGUGAUCCAUCA